AUGGGUUUUCCCUGUACCUUCAAUGUUCCCAGUGUUGGUAGAAGUGGUGGUCUGGUUUUGGCUUGGAAAAAGGAAAUUCACCUGAAUGUUGUUUCAUCCAGCUUGAGGGGCAUCCAUGUUACUACAACUGAUAUUGUUCACUCAAAAACUUGUCAUAUCCAUUUUUCCUGUGGAGAACCCAAUAGUAGUCUUAGGCCUGCUUUCUGGGAACAACAAUGCCAACAAACUACUGUCCCUGUAGAUGAGCCUGAUUUCUUUAUUGGUGAUUUUAAUACUCUUUUAGAAAAAGAAGAUAAAAAUGGUGGCCUUGAAGUAAAUGAUUCUGAUUUUGAACAUCUUAGAAAUUUUUGUUCUGUUUUCAAUCUUCAUGAUCCUGGCUUUUCUGGUCCAAGAUUCACUUGGUCCAACAUGCAACAAGGUCCUGAUUUAAUUUUUGAAAGGCUUGACAGAUGUUUUCUAAACCAAAUGGCUGAAAAUAUUUGUCCUAAAUUUUGUGUUAAUAACCUUCCUAGGGACUCUUCUGAUCAUUUCCCCAUGCAUAUAGGUUUCAAUUAUGAGGAUACUCUCAUGCCUAGACCAUUCCACUUCAUGGAUAUGUGGAUUGGGGAUCCUACUUGUAGAGAUAUUAUAGCUAAUGCUUGGUCUGUUAAUCUUGUAGGCUCUCCAGCCUAUAAACUAAAAUCUAAGAUUCUUAAUAUUAAAAAAGGCCUUAGAAAUUGGAACAAACUGUCCUUUGGUAAUAUUCAAACUGAUAUAUCUACCAUCAGGAAAGACUUGUUAGAUUUACAUAUUUCUGACCCUACUGAUUCUACCACCACUGCUAGACUCAAAGCCAGACUAGAGUACCUCUACAAUAUGGAAGAACUCUACUGGAAAGACAAGUCUAGAGAGGAUAAUGAUACCUUAAACCUUCCCCUCACUGCUGAGGAAAUAAAAAAUGUUGUUUUUCAAAUGGGAGGUAAAAAAGCCCCUGGACUAGAUGGUUUCACAUGCUUAUUUUAUCAAAAAAACUGGGAUAUUGUUGGAGAAGUUGUUGUUGACAUGACCCAAACCUUCUUCAGAACAGGGCGUAUUGCAAAAGUCUUCAACCAUACCAACAUUGUUCUUAUCCCUAAAGUCCCCUUAGCUGAUAUGGUCAGUCAAUACAGACCCAUAGGAUUAUGUAAUUUCAUCUACAAAAUUAUUUCUAAAACUUUAGCUAACAGGUUAAAACCCUUUAUGAACAAUAUCAUAUCGCAAAAUCAAAGUGCCUUCAUACCAAAGAGGAUUAUUUCUGACAAUAUUCUCCUUGCAAAUGAAGCCAUAUAUUCUGUAAAUCAUAAUGAGAAAGUUGAGAGUACUGCUGCCAUCAAACUUGACAUGUCUAAAGCUUAUGAUAAACUGGAGUGGACUUUCCUUGAAAAAGUUUUGAGAAAAAUGGGGUUAGCUGAAAAUUGGAUAAAACUCAGUAAUCAAUUUGUCUCUAUUGUUUCCUAUUUAGUUCUUUUAAAUGGUAGUCCCACUGGUUUUUUCCAACCUGAACGAGGUCUAAGGCAAGGGGAUCCCUUAUCCCCUUACCUUUAUAUCAUCUGUGCUGAGACUCUCUCCUCUUACAUAGAUACUCUUCAAAGGAAUGGUACCCCGAGAGGUAUCAAAAUUUGUAAAAACGCCCCUGAAAUGACUCACCUUCUUUUUGCUGAUGAUUCUCUUUUGUUCUCCUCUGCUACCACAGAAAACUUCACUGCCAUAAAAAACUACCUUCAAAAGUACGGCCUAGCUUCUGGGCAAAAAACUGAAAUAAAUAAUCUUUCUAUGUUAGCUAGAAAUGUCUGGAAAAUUAUUGAAAAUCCUGAUUGCAUGUUAGCAAAGAUUUUAAAAGUAAGAUACUUUCCUAGAACUGAUUUUCUGAAUGCUAAGUGCCCUGACAAGUGCUCUUGGAUCUGGAGAUGCUUACAUGCUAUCAAGGAACUGAUAAAGCCUUUCAUCUCCUGGAUUGUUGGUGAUGGUAAAUUCAUUGAUCCUUGGUUUGAUAAAUGGAUACCAUCUCUGGGCACUGCCACUCCAAACCCUCUUACCCCUCCUGAUCCUAGUAUUAAAGUUGAUUAUUUCAUUGAUAAUAGUAUUAGAAACCUGGAAUGUUUCUAA